UCUGACACCAAAUCUUGCUUUAAAAUGUCUGUAUCAUAUAUGUCUUCCUUUAACUUCAUGUAGCAUGUCUUUAGUUAGUUUUGUGGCAAACGUCAAACGGGGCAUGUCUGAUAUUCUUAUUGACAUUUUUUUCUGCUAAGCUUGCUCUAUUUGAAUCGUGGAACAUCCUUCUCUGGAGAUACCUGUAGGAGAGGGUAAAUGAAAGCUAAAUGGCUGGUUGAUUCGAACUAUGUUGUCACUCCCACUAACAUCUAGGUAAAAAAAAAUGUUUGCAGAGUGGAGUAGUAUCUGAGAGUCGGAGAAGCUGUUUAAUCUGAUACCAAAAUGGCAGAGAGGCAAGCUAUGGAUCAACCUCAACAGCAGCAACAAGAGCUACAGUCACCCUCUCAGCAGCAGUCUCCUCCAAGGGAAGACAACAUGAUAGCUUGUGUCAUGGCUUUAGAGGCUGCUUUGCUUCCUUGCUUGCCCGCCAGAGAGCUCCAAGCCAUUGACCGCUCUCCCCAUCCUUCUCAUCAGAUUGAUGUGGAGAGGUUCUCGAGGGAGUUUAUGGAGGCUGCUAAGAAGCUUCAACUCUAUUUCAUCAACCUCCAACGAGAAGACCAGCCGACUGAAGUCGAAAUGUUGAGAAAGGAAAUAGCUGGUAUGGAGGAAGAGUUGAAGACAAAGGACGAGCUUAUCCAUAAGCAGGAGAAACUAAUCCAAGGAUGGCGGGAAGAACUCAAAGAUCAGUUGGAGAAGCAUAAGAUGGAACUGGAGAGAGUAUAGACAUAGUACUGAAUGAACACUAACAUUUGUGAUGGCUACUGUCAGUCUGGCACGGCUGAAACUACUACUACUUUGCUUACUUAAUCUCAUGUGCUAAUAUAAUUUAGUUUGAUUUUGAUUCUCAAAUUGGUCCCUUUUUAUUGUCAAGAUUCCAAGGAUUCUGAUAAAUGAGCUUUUCAUCCAAAUCCUGAUCUUCAUUUUUCUUUUGUUUUCAACU